GGAACACUCGAGCAGCCUGUCAGCAAACGAGGAGGGAUAGGAAGAUGGCAUCCACCGACCAACCUGACCCACCAACACAGCCUGGCCUUCCACCUGGAGAUGUUGCGGCAGCAGCUCCCCCCAGAGAAACACUGAUUUCCACUGCUGUAAAAUUUCUACAGAACCCAAACGUACGCCAGAGUCCCUUGGCCACUAGAAAAGCCUUCUUGAAGAAAAAAGGGCUGACGGAUGAGGAGGUAGAGUUGGCCAUCCAGCGCUCUGGCAGCACAGAAGAGAUCCUGCCUCUGAGCCCUGUGGGGCCCCCACAUCCACUGCAUGCAACCCAGCUGGCUCCUGCACCACCCAUUCCAGCAGGCUACAGAUGGAGAGACUACGGUGCCCUCACCAUCAUUAUGGUGGGCAUCGCCUUCGGCUUUCAUCAGCUUUACAAAAAAUACAUCCUUCCCCUCAUUAUGGGCAGCCGAGAGGACAAGAAGCAUCUGCAGAGGAUGGAGAGCAACAUUGCGGCAAUGAGUGGCACGCUGACACAGACAGUCAGCCAGCUGCAGCAGACCCUGGUCGCCGUCCAGGAGCUCCUGAUCCAGCAGCAGCAGAAAAUCCAGGAGCUCUCUCAGGAACUGGCUGCAGCAGAAGCAUCGUCUUCAACCAACCGCGUCCUGGACAACCAGACAGUUGGAGAGCUGAAGGCUGAGAUCGUCUCUUUGAAGGGCUUACUGCUCAGCAGGCGACAAUUCCCCUCCACUCCCAGUAUUCCCAAAAUCCCCUCAUGGCAGAUUCCCCUGAAGCCGCCAUCGGCGCCCGGCUCGCCGCCAGUCAACCACACCAACAGCAGCAGCGACAUUUCCCCUGUCAGUAACGAGUCUACCAAUUCCUCUCCAAUCAAAGAUGGACACCACAGCUCCCAGGAUACACUGGGAGGGCCUGAUGGAGCGCAUGCUAUCAACGGAGAUGACGUCAUGUUGGGGCUCGGCGCAACGCUGCCCCUGGACCUGAAGGACCAGGUUCGCAUGGAGGUGCAGGGGGAGGAGGAGAAGAAGGAGGAAGAGGAGGAUGAUGUGAGCCACGUAGAAGAGGAGGAGGAGGAGGAGGACGGUCUAACAAGAAGAGUCCAUGAGUGAGAAGAAGGGAUAUCAGCUCUGGUGCCACUUCCACCUCCCAUCACAUGGCCUUCAUAGGAACACAGAAAAGGUAGAGGGGCACUGCACAUCUCUGUGUGACACCCGUCCUAACCUACAGAUUAUGUUUGGCUAUAUUUCUGUUAAAUGUGUCGACUGAGGAGACGACAACAAUGCAGUAUGCUGUAAAUUAUAUUUUUUGAUCUAGUAGAAAUGAAUUUGUAUGUAUGAAUCAGGUUGGUUAAACAAAGUACAUAAUCAGGAGGUGUAACUUAUGCUUCUUAGACACUAUAGAACCAGUCCUCUCUGUAACCUGCUGAUUACUGUCUGAAUGUCAGCUAAAAGUGUACACAAGUGUAAUAAAUCUGGUUUAUCUCAAGUAUAA